AUGGCGACCCGCGCGCUGCAGGACUGGGCCCGACAGCAGUGCUCCGGGUACCGCGAUGUGGACGUGAAGAACAUGACGUCGAGCUUCAGGGACGGACUGGCGUUCUGUGCCAUCAUUCACCGCCACCGGCCCGACCUACUCUUCAAGCAGCAGAACCUGGAGGAGCGUCAGGCUGACGUGGAAUACGAACUCCGCUGUCUUCUCAACAAGCCAGAGAAGGACUGGACAGACGAGGACCGAGCUCGUGACGCGGAGCUGAUGCAGGAGCUGAUCACGGUCAUCGAGCAGAGGAACGCCAUCAUCAACAGCCUGGACGAGGACAAGCAAAGGGAGGAAGAGGAAGAUAAGAUGUUGGAGACCAUGAUCAAAAACAAAGAAUUCCACCGAGACCCCAACAGCGACGUCAAGAAAAAAACCAAAUUCAAAGGCAUAAAAAUGCUCAAGUUUCUCAGCAACAAACCUGACAGCAAACACAAAGCUGAGAAGGAGAAGAGCUCGUGAGG